AUGCUUCGUAAAGCGGUUUUGAUAAAGAUCGGUUUGGACGAAGAUCAGGAGUUGCAUCGCUCAGACGAUAGUAGCUCGAUAUCGCGCGACAUUCGCGAACAAUUUAUGUGUUGGACAGAAUAUGCAAUGAAACGGGGGCCGCACACACAAGAUGGUCCUGGUAGCGAAUAUGAGUCUGAAAAUAGGAGCUGGAAAACUCGCCGCACAAUGAAGAUUGUUGUGCGCGAUAGCAGUACUGAAGAGCUCAUGGAUCUAUGCAAAGCUGCAAAAGAUGGCGAGGAACUUGGCAAACGUCGCGACCUUCGCGACGAAAUAAUUUUCACGAUAGACCCAAAAACAGCGCGUCUUGAUGUAACCCUUUGUAACAGCAUAGGCUUUCCUAUAAAUGGCACUUCAUCGCAGCAGUUAUCGAGCACUGUCUCACCUUUUCGUUCCAACUCGCAAUUGAUGAGGUCUAUCAAUCAAGCUGAGCAUUGCAAUGACAAGAAACUGAUAGCAAAGAAAGUUAGUGAAUCCAGUGCGGAGUUGUUCUUUGUAGUACUCAUACACAGAGUGGGACCAACGGAAGCAAAAGGAGUUGUUGUAAAUGUCCUAGAUGCUGCAUUUGAUGUUCUGUUGUUCAAAUACGGUAGGAGCAAAGAGGUUUUGGACAUGCUAUCACUGAUCAGACUUCCUGAAACACCUCACCUCUUUAUGACGAGCGUUAAUCGCAUACAAUAUGGUUCAAAAUUGUACUUGUAA